AUGGAUUCGGUUUUGAAGAAAGGGAAUGAGAAAAAGAGGAGUCUAAUCAGUUCCGAGAGUUGGGUCGUGAACGAUGAGAGAAAAAGAAGGAAGCAAGAACAUGAGGUGCUUGAACAGAGCAAGUAUGGCGAUGGAAUGGCUUGGUUUAGAGGUUGCUUGAUUGGUAAAGGGUGUUUUGGGUCUGUUUUUCUUGCGAAUUUGAAGAAACCCAAAUCGAGAUACAGCUCUUACCCAUCAAUUAUGGCUGUGAAAUCGGCUGAGGUCUCUGUUUCGUCUUCAAUUCAAAAGGAGAGAGAGGUUUUGAAUAAUCUCCGAGGGUGUCGUAAUGUGAUCAGAUGUUUUGGGGAAGAGAUUACAACCGGAGAGAAUGGACAAAUGGUGUACAAUUUGCUGCUGGAGUAUGGCUCCGGAGGAACCCUAGCUGAUCUCAUCAAAAAAUCCGGUGGAAAUGGGUUGCCAGAAUCGGAUGUCAAACGUCAUACUAGGUCAAUUCUUCAUGGAUUACGUCAUAUACAUCAUAACGGGUAUGUCCACUGCGAUUUAAAACCUGAAAACAUUCUACUCAUCGGUAGUUCCUCUAAUGGUGAUUUCACGGCUAAAAUUGGCGAUCUGGGGUUAGCAAAAAGGGCAAAACAGAGCAAGAAAAGCAAAGUCGUCCGUUAUCAGAGAGGCACCCCGAUAUAUUUUUCACCGGAACUUCAAACCGACGGCGUCCAAGAAGCUCCGUCUGAUAUCUGGGCAUUUGGGUGCAUCGUGCUGGAGAUGUUCACCGGAAAACCUCCAUGGAACUCGAAAAUGGAAAACAACAACGACGAAUCACCUUCAAUUCCGAGCAGUAUAUCAAGUGAAGGGAGAAGUUUCUUGAAGAGUUGUUUCUCGAGGAAAGCUUGUUUUAGAUGGACGGCUGAGAUGCUGUUAGCUCAUCCUUUUCUUGAAGGAAUCGGUGAUGAUAAUGAAGAAGAUGAUGAUACAGUUGAAGAGUUGGGUGAAGUUUUGGACAUAAAUGCCAUUUGUUCAUCUGUCAUUUCUGAAAACGAUGAUGAUGAUGAGAUGAGUAUGUUGUCGUUUUCAGAUGGGUUGAGUUAUUUUUCUGAAGAUGAACUCCAUUGUUGUUCUGAAGAAGAUGUUUCUUGUUUUUCUGUAGAAGAAAAUGGUACCACUGUACCAUUGAAUGAAGUACAUCAAUACCCUAUUACUUUCUCCAUUUCUUCAGGAGUGUAG